AAGUUAUUUUACAGCUUAUACAUCACUAGUGAGGCCUCAUUUAGAUUAUGCUGCUCAGUUUUGGUCCCCUUACUACAGGAUGGACAUAGACUCAUUAGAGAACAUACAGAGAAGAAUGACUAAAAUGAUUUACUGUGUAAGGAACCUCCCGUAUGAAGAUAGACUUAAAGCCUUAAAUCUCCACUCUCUGGAGAGGCGUAGAAUGAGGGAAGAUAUCAUUGAAGUGUAUAAGUGGAUGACGGGCAUAAACAAGGGAGACAUUAAUAAAGUACUGAGGGUGUCGAACCAGGUAAGAACCAGGAAUAAUGGAUUUAAGUUGGAUAAAUUUAGAUUUAGAAAGGACAUAGGUAAGUACUGGUUUUCUAACAGAGUUGUAGAUGCGUGGAACAGUCUUCCCAGUGGGGUGAUAGAGGCUAGGACCUUGGGUAGCUUUAAGAAGAGACUAGACAAAUAUAUGAGUGGGAGGGGCUGGGUUUGAUUGGUGUUGGGGGGUGCUGGAGUUGUUUCUUGAGUAGCUCUAGGUAGUUGUCGUUUUGAUAAGGACCUGCCUCGUAUGGGCCAGUAGGCCUUCUGCAGUGUUCCUACAUUCUUAUGUUCUUAUGUUCUUAUGUACAGGACAGGUGUCAGGGAGGCAACAAUGCUGGUCACACAGUAGUGACUGGAGAUGCAGAGUAUGACUUUCACAUUCUGCCAUCUGGCAUUAUCAACACCUCAGCUGUGUCUGUCGUAGGUAAUGGUGUUGUAGUGCACCUUGGUCAAAUGUUUGAGGAAAUAGAGAAGAACGAAGCGAAAGGUUUGAAAGAUUGGGAGAAACGACUUACCAUAUCUGAUAGAUCUCACAUUGUAUUUAAUUUCCAUCAAAGUGUAGAUGGCUUGCAAGAGCAGGAACGUUCUAUGGAUAAUUCUGGUACUAAAACCCUGGACUACUCCAAUAAGGCUGGGAGACAUGGGCUUAGAAUGGCAGAUCUUCUGGGAGACUUUAGUUUGUUUGAACAAAGGCUGAGGAACUUAGUUGAUUCGCACAAGAGAAUGUUCCCUGAACUGCAGGUAAAUGUUGAAGAGGAAGUUAGUAAGUACAAAGAUUAUGCUGAGAAAAUGCAGCCCUUGGUAGCCAACACACUUGCUUAUAUUCACAAGUGUCUUAAGGAGAAUAAGAAAGUGCUGGUAGAAGGAGCUAAUGCGGCCAUGUUGGAUAUUGACUUUGGUACUUAUCCAUAUGUGACCCCAAGUAAUUGCAGCAUUGGCGGUGUAUGUACUGGACUGGGCAUUGCUCCUCAGUACAUUGUUGAAGUGUAUGGGGUAGUAAAGGCCUAUACUACUAGAGUGGGUGUUGGACCUUUCCCUACUGAGCUUCAUGAUACUGGAAAAUUACUGCAGUCUCGUGGGGGUGAAUAUGGAGUAACCACUGGGAGACCAAGAAGAUGUGGCUGGCUGGAUGCAGUGCUCUUGAGUCACUCCAAUAUGGUGAAUGGCUACACUGCUAUUAUUCUUACCAAGUUGGAUAUAUUAGAUGAGCUAGAAGAAAUCAAAAUUGGCGUUGGCUACUUAAGAAAGAAUGGAGAAAGAAUUGAACACUUCCCAGCAAAUAUGGGUGAAUUGGAGGAUAUAACAGUUGAGUAUAUCACCAUGCCAGGAUGGAUGCAAGAUACCGCUUAGUGCCGCACUUACGAGGAGCUCCCACAAAAUGCCCGCAGUUACGUUGAAAAGAUAGAGGAACUUAUCAGUGUACCAAUGAAAUGGAUUGGUGUUGGAAAAUCACGUGCCUCUAUGAUCACAGUCUUCUAGAGGUUUGACUCCUGUCACCAAAAGAAAUUUGGAAAAUGAAACAAAAUAUCAUGGAAGAACUGCAGUGUUACUAAAGUAGAGAUAUCUGUAAUGUUUGCAUAAACCCUGAACAGGACCACAUUACAAUUAAAGGUUUAUUCUCGU